AUGCAUGUGGCGGUGGUGGCCUCUGGCUGCAUUUGGAUCCAUGCCGGCUCGGGCCCCUUGCGGAGGAAGCGGCAGGAUCUCUGGCGUUUCCGCAUCGCCGACGGAAAUUGGACGGAUGUGUCCUCUGAUGGGCCUGGGCCGCGCGAAAGCCACGUGGCCGUGACGAAUAAUUCCCACGUCUGGGUGCAUGGAGGACAUGGCCUCCUGGGCCUGCUCGACGAUCUUUGGUUCUUCAGAGCCGAAAGCUUCGAAACCCCUGCCUGGUCACAGGAAGAAAAUCGAUCAGCUGGCCCUUCAGCUCGCGAGAUGCACGAUGCUGUCCUGAUGGACGCGAAGAUAUGGGUCCAUGGUGGUCGACAAGCACCAGGAGAUCGUGGCGAGGGCAGGCACUGGCUUUCAGAUGUGUGGUAUUUUGACCUGCUCACGAAGAAGUGGGGCGAGGUCGAAAGAACCCCAGAGCCACGCAUUGCCUACCCGACGAGCAUGAGCGGCAGUGGGAAGUUGUGGCUUCAAGGGCUUCGUGCCCGGGAAGGUGAUGUCACAGAAGUGCUGGUACUGUGGGAGUGCAAAAUGCCAGCUUGCACCUGCGAGGAGACGUGGACGGCAGAAACAGAACCAGAGUCGAUCCACGCCGACUUUCUUUUCGUGGCGGUGUGGACGCUGUGCUCCCUGUGCUGCUCAGUGAUUGGUGCUUGGCUGCUUGCAAGCGGAGAGCUUCGCCUCCUCAAACUCGGAUUGAGGUGGCUGGUCAGCCCGAUCGGAAUCUGCCGAUGUGACACAAAGUUUAUGCUGAUUUCCGUGAUGUGCGCGCUGAUGUCUACAGUGGUUGGUUUUGCCAUCUCGUUGCUGCUCUUCUCCAAGAAGCUCCUGAACAUUUACAACGACUACCAGGACUUUAAACAUCUUCGAGAUUCCGUGCACGAGACGUCUGUCUUCGCCAGUUAUUUCGCUGUGCCGAGCGGCGUUGUCGGUCUGGUCGUGUGCUUCGUGGUGGCACAAAGGGUCUACAACCGCAAAGUUGUGCAGCCUCUGUCGAGGAAUGGCCUGCUGGACCCACGCGGCCUUGCAAAGUAUUUGGUGGAUGCGGACAUUCGCCUCGUUCGCUUUGAAUACCUCAAAGAGCUCAAGGAGGCUGAGGAGGGCUUACCGCGAAGGCAAGAAGCGCAACGGCGGAGGACAGCUUCAGGCAAGAAGGCUUUGGUGAGCCACAAGGAGGUCCUGGACUGGGCUUGCGAGAUGCAUCGACGGCCGUUGAAGCAGAGAGUCAUUGCCGUUUCACACGGCUGGGAAGCGCAACAGCACCCAGACCCCUGGAACUUCCAGCUGAACUUCAUCGUAGACUCAUUAGAGGAUGCGUGGAGCAAGGGCCUCGUCUUUGCAGUCUUCUUCGACUACGUGUCCGUCCACCAAUUUAGGCGAACAACGCCCCACCAGCAGAAGAGCUUCCAAAGGACCAUGAAAAGCAUGCACAUCCUCUAUGCCCACGAUUGGGCCCACACCUUGGUCAUACAGGAAAUGACGCCUGAUCAAUUGAAGGUCGACAAGGAGGUUCUGGCUUACUUUGAAACUGGCGGGCUGGCCUCCGUGCGCGAGCAACCAAUCGCAGAGCUGAAGCUGAACUCCACACCUUAUCUGAAGCGCGGUUGGUGCCUUGCGGAGCUACAAUGGUCGAGCUUGAAAGGAUCCGUCCUCGUGGAGCUAGCGCAGCUGCAGGGCCAACACCUUUGGAAUCAGCGAGCUCCCCUGCCUCCGGAUUUUUUCCGCAAACUUCUCUCAAAGCGAGAUGUGAAGUUCACUCACCGAAGUGACAUCGAAGUCCUCAUCAAGGCCCAGCAGCAUGCCUUUGCAGCCAAAGCCUCUCAGAGUACGUCUUUGCACUUUGCGAACCUGACUGUGCUGGAGCUGGACAUCUUGGCAGAUGCUCUCCAUCACUACAGCAACAUCGCGGAGAUCCACAUAGUGGAAAGCGCCAUCCACAUCAGGCAGUCCAAAGCAGAAAGUGGGCCGACAAUCAGGCUGAGCCUACGCGAUACAGCGAUCCUCGAUGGCCCACGAGCUUUCCCAGACAGCUUGACCUUCGAUUCUUUCGUCAAGCGCCUGAACUUCAACAGUAGCCUUAGGAAGGUGUCACUUCCGAAUUGCAAGAUCGGCGAUGGGGAGACUCACUUCAUCGCCCUCGCGCUGCGUUCGAACAGGUGGACUUACCUCGACCUGCAGAACAACAUCAUCGGACCGGCAGGUGCCACCGAGAUUGCUGCUCACAUGGACUUUUCCAGCCUCGAGGAGUUGAUUCUCGCAGGCAAUCGGAUUGAAGAUGAGGGUGCCAUAUGCCUUCUAAAGGCAUGGGCCUUAUCCUGGAAGAGAGUCUUCUUCCAUGCGUGGAGGACCAAGAUCCACGAGCACUUGCACCGCACCACUACUGUCUCCGUCCUUGGCCAAACGUUGGGCCAAACCGUCGAAGCCACCGCAGCUUCACUGUAUGCUUUCGUGGAUGCGGAAGCGGUCGUGAAUUACAACAACGAGAAGGUGCCCAUACUCAAGAUGGAUCUCAGCGACAAUGCAAUCAGCGACCGAGGACGGAGCAUGGCCUUCAUCCGACCUUCCUGGGCGGAAGUUAAGCUUGGGAGGCACCACUAUGAGCACCACUAUGCGGCGAUCCAGGCAAUUUAG